GUUCAUAGAAGGGAAUUAAACAACCUCAAUAUGACAGAAACUACAAAGCUACCGGCUAGUUUUAGCAACAGUACAGCUUUCGAGAGCUCCACAGCGUUCCUGAUGGUGCAAAAGAACAACAACAAACGCCAAACAUCAAUGACAGACGAUGUAUUCAGAAUCUUUCGACGAACAGGAAAAAAGAUAUCGCAAAUUGGUCAUCAAAUUGAGAGAGAAAGAGGAGUCUACUUAAAGGAAUCGUACAGUCAUAAAAAUGCACUUUAUAAGGAGUUGGCUAGCAUUCCGAAUGUCAAAGAAGACAUUGGUCGCAGGAAGACUAAAGUACUAAGCCAUAUGCCUCCUUUACCGCGAUUUGCAGACGUACACACGAGUGAUCUUAUUUGUAGGCCGGUAAAGAGCCAGCUUUCGAGGCAACGACCAGGACAAGACACUGAACUGGAGCUAGAAAAACGAAUUAAUGUGAAUGUUUUGAAGCGCUGCGAGUGUUGCCGAAGGCUGGCUUUUCGCUACAAAGAAAUGUCAGAAAAGAUGCAGAAUUUGGCAAAGCAAGAAAAAGAGGAGGAAGAAGAAAAGAAACAAAAGAAAGAGUCCAGGGAAACUAAAUCAGCAAAACAAGAAGAAACUAAACGUGAUGCUGAAAUUCAAAAACUGAUAGAAGAAGCACGAACAGCAUCGCCAUUCAGACAAAGCUUCGAGAAAUCGGAGGGUGGCAGCGAACAGACAAGACUGUUCCAGUACUCAUCCAGGAAACCAAGCGAAGCAAGGCCGGUGAUUGACGCUAAUCAACGAGUAGAAGCGAGUUUUAGGAGCCUGAGACGACAAUCACAGGCAGUUCAGUCUCAAAAGCACACUCCAGUACAGCCUCGAAGCGUGACCACUGUUCCAAGUCCAACAAAGUCAGAACGAAACUCCACUCGUGAUCGUUCCUGGUCUAUAGUGUUUGACAAAUGCUCGUUCACUGUUCCUCCAGAGCCUUCGCCUAGCCCUCUGGGACGACAGAAACUCAGAGUGAAAUUCGAGUACCCUCAUUUGAAAGAGAAAUUAAAAGUCAGCGGAAAGGAUUGGAGGAACCAUCUUCUAAAGCUUCAAGGUGUAAGAGUGAAAGGUAAAAAACAAACUGUUGUGGCUCUUUCCAAAGCGUAUGUUGCUUUUAAGAAGCUUUUGAACAAAAUGGAAGAGGAGAGAAAACGAGCUGAAGAAAUGGCAGAGAGGUCUGAUGAUUCUGAAGGAUCCUCGAGGACAGAUUCACCGACUCACAGAAAUCGAUUACAAAGUGAGGCAAGUAUUGUGGCUUCGUUGCGAUGGCAGCCAAGAAGGACAUCCCGAAUAAACUCGCUAAUAUCACCGCAGAAUUUACACCAAGUUAGUUUAGAGGACAAAGACAAAAAAAAUUCUAGACGAGUUGGUCUAAAGGAAGAUUACAAUGAUGGGUUAUCGGAUUGUACGUCGGAUGUUGAUGGCGAGGGUCGAUUCACAGUAUUAGAGUGAAUUAAUUCUCAAUAAUAACAAUAAUGUGAUGAUUUGUUAUAAUGAGUUUGAAA